GAAAUGAAGAGUUAGGACCUUGCUCUGGAUUAGGCUUUGGCUUAAGGGAAUGUGGCUGGUUUUAUCUUCUAUCCAGACCAACUAGAACUUUCUCCGUAUCAGCAAUAAGGCUGUUUAGCUUUAUUAUCUUUUGUGUGUUUACUGGAGUAGCAUUUUUAAUUUCCUUCAAAAUUUUUUCCUGUGCAUUCAUGACUUGGCUUUUCUCCUUUGCACUCACAACUCGGCUAACUGGAGCAAGAAGCCUAGCUUUCUGCCUACCAACAUUACUUCCUCACUAAUUUAAUCAUGUUUGCUUUUGAUUUAAAGUGACAGACUCUUCCUUUCAUUUGGACACUUAGAGGCCUUUGUAGGAUUAUUAGUUGGCCUAAUUUCAAUAUUGUGUUUCCAGGAGUAGGGAGGCCCCAGGAGAGGGAGAGAGAAGGGAAAGGUCAGUGGAGCAGUCCAAACGCAUACAGGGCUUAUGGAUUAAUUUCCCCUUCCCCUAUGAGCGCGGUUCAUGGUGCCCCAAAACAAUUGCAAUAAUAUUCAAGAUUACUGAUCACAGAUCACAAUAGCAGACAUAAUAACAAUGAAAAAUUUUUAAAUAUUGCGAGAUUACCAAAAUGUGACACAGAGACAAAGCGAGCCAAUGUUGAAAUACAGGCAGUAUCUGCUAAGUGGUAUAAAACAAUCUAUGCCUGUACCUCUAGAAAGGAAGAGUAGAUGUUUGGGGCAGCUGGGAUUAAAUGAGGCCGAGCUCACACAAGUGAUGUGAAAUUGCCUCGGGCUAGGCGGUCUGUGUGUAUCCCCUGGGUGGCAACUGGCAUGUCCCAGCCGGCCUGGGGGCGAAGACCGCGUACCUCUCCCCGCCCCCGCGCUCUUGGCCCCCGCGGGCUCCGGAGCGACUGGGAGGAGCUUUAACUCUGUGGGAAGGACCAGCACGAUCCACGGUAGCUACGGCGGCGCCAGAACCAACUGGCCCCACUCUCGGGGGCAGAGGGCGGGGCCGUCGAGGAAGGGCCGAGGGCGGGACCGGGAGCCUCUGGCUUCAGGAAGCGGAGGCCAGGGCGUCUGGCUGUGCGCUUGGCCGCAAUGAGCUCGGCGUCGGGGCUCCGCGGGGUGCACCCCGCAGGUGGGGAAGAAAACAUGACAGAAACAGAUGCCUUCUAUAAAAGAGAAAUGUUUGAUCCGGCAGAAAAGUACAAAAUGGACCACAGGAGGAGAGGAAUUGCUUUAAUCUUCAAUCAUGAGAGGUUCUUUUGGCAGUUAACACUGCCAGAAAGGCGGGGCACCUGCACAGACAGAGACAAUCUUACCCGCAGGUUUUCAGAUCUAGGAUUUGAAGUGAAAUGCUUUAACGAUCUUAAAGCAGAAGAACUACUGCUCAAAAUUCAUGAGGUGUCAACCUCUAGCCACGCAGAUGCCGAUUGCUUUGUGUGUGUCUUCCUGAGCCAUGGUGAAGGCAAUCACGUUUAUGCAUAUGAUGCUAAAAUCGAAAUUCAGACAUUAACUGGCUUGUUCAAAGGAGACAAGUGUCAGAGCCUGGUUGGAAAACCCAAGAUAUUUAUCAUUCAGGCAUGUCGGGGAGACCAGCACGAUGUGCCAGUCAUUCCUUUGGAUGAAGUAGAUAAUCAGACAGACAAGCUGGACACCAACAUAACUGAGGUAGAUGCAGCCUCCGUUUACACGUUGCCUGCUGGAGCUGACUUCCUUAUGUGUUACUCCGUUGCAGAAGGAUAUUAUUCUCACCGGGAAACUGUGAACGGCUCAUGGUACAUUCAGGAUUUGUGUGAGAUGUUGGGAAAAUAUGGCUCCUCCUUAGAGUUCACAGAACUCCUCACACUGGUGAACAGGAAAGUUUCUCAGCGCCGAGUGGACUUUUGCAAAGACCCAAGUGCGAUUGGAAAGAAGCAGGUUCCCUGCUUUGCCUCAAUGCUAACUAAAAAGCUGCAUUUCUUUCCAAAAUCUAAUUAACAGGGGCUAUCUUAUUUUACAAUUUAAUCUAUUGAAAAUGUCUUUCUCGGCCAGGCGUGGAGCGCACACCUGUAAUCCCGGCACUUUGGGAGUCUGAGGCGGGCGGAUCACCGGAGGUCAGGAGUUCGAGACCAGCCUGACCAACAUGGAGAAACCCCGUCUCUACUAAAAAUAUAAAAAAAAAUUUAGCUAGGCCUGGUGGCGCAUGCCUGUAAUCCCAGCUACUUGGGAGGCUGAGGCAGGAGAAUCACUUGAACCCAGGAAGGGGAGGUUGUGGUGAGCCGAGAUUGCACCAUUGCGCUCCAGCCUGGGCAAUAAGAGUGAGUGAAACUCCGUCUCAAAAAAAAAAAAAAUGUCUUUCUCUUCUUUUUAUAUAAAUAUCGUUAGGCUGAAGCAUUAUGGUCCAAUGAUUCAAAUGUUUUAAAGUUUAAUGCUCAGCAGAGAACUGCCUUUAAAAAAAAAAAAAAUUCAUGUUGGCCAUGGUGAAAGGGUUUGAUAUGCAGAAACAAAAUCCUCAGGAAAUUAGGUAAAUAAAAAUUUACAAGCAUUAAUAAACUGCAGGGUUACAUAAAAAUCUAGCUGAUUUAACUUGUAUUUUGUUACUUUUUUUAUAAAAGUUUAUUGUUUGAUGUUUUUAAAGGUUUUUGAAAUCCAGGAAUUAAAUAAUUAUCCCUUAAUAAAAUAUUUGAAAUUCAUAUUUUA